AUGAAGUCGUCUAUUCUCUUUGCUGCUGGCUCGCUGUUGGGUUCGGCUAUGGCCGGUAUUCACAGGAUGCCUUUGAAAAAGGUCCCCCUAACAGAGCAACUAUCGCAUCACGAUAUCGACACCCAGAUGAGGGCUUUGGGUCAGAAAUAUAUGGGCAUUCGCCCCGAAAAGCAUACCGAGGAAAUGUUCAAGGCUGCUGCUGAGGACAUGACCAUUGAAGGCGGUCAUGCUAUUCCUGUUAAUAACUUCCUGAACGCCCAGUAUUUCUCCGAGAUUUCUCUUGGAACACCGCCACAGAGUUUCAAGGUUGUCCUUGACACCGGAAGCUCCAACCUUUGGGUUCCCUCCACCCAGUGUGGCUCGAUUGCUUGCUAUCUCCACACAAAGUACGACUCGUCAUCGUCCAAGACUUACAAGGCCAACGGUACCUCGUUUGAGAUCCGCUACGGCUCUGGUAGCUUGAGUGGUUUCGUGUCCGAGGACACUCUCCAGAUCGGCGAUCUUAAGGUUAAAAACCAGGUCUUUGCUGAAGCAACCUCUGAGCCUGGCCUCGCUUUUGCUUUCGGCAAGUUCGACGGCAUUCUUGGGCUUGGCUACGAUACCAUCUCUGUCAACCGUAUCACCCCUCCCUUCUACAACAUGAUCGACCAGGGUCUUUUGGACAAACCUGUGUUUGCUUUCUACCUUGGGAGCACCGACCAGGAGAGUGAGGCUAUUUUUGGUGGUAUCGAUGAAAGUCAUUUCUCGGGAAAGCUCAUCAAGCUUCCUGUCCGUAGAAAGGCUUAUUGGGAGGUUGAAUUCGAGGCGAUUACUUUUGGAGAGGCUACUGCUCAACUUGAGAACACGGGCGCUAUCGUUGAUACCGGCACUUCUCUCAUCGCUCUCCCCUCCACUUUGGCCGAGCUCCUCAACAAGGAAAUUGGCGCCAAGAAGGGAUGGAAUGGACAGUACACCGUUGAGUGCAGCAAGCGGGAUUCACUUCCUGACCUCACUUUCACUCUCACCGGCCAUGACUUCACCAUCGGUCCCUAUGACUACAUUCUUGAAGUUCAGGGCUCCUGCAUCAGCGCUUUCAUGGGAAUGGACUUCCCUGAACCCGUAGGACCUCUUGCAAUCCUAGGUGAUGCUUUCUUGCGAAGAUGGUACUCUGUCUACGACUUGGGAGACAACACUGUUGGCCUUGCCAAGUCCAAAUAA